CUGGCUGCGUUGACGUCAGCGCCGUGUUGAUUUGCUAAGGCGAGAGAAGAAAGGAGUUAGUGCGUGUUGAGAGAGCGGGUACUGCGAACUGCCUUACUAUGCUGUAGCCCCAAUCCCCCUACACUAUACGGAAUCAAAACGUGCAACUUAGGUUUCAUCUUGUUUACAAAGAAAGCUAAAAACACUGCUGAGCGGGGAAGGCGAGCCUCAUGAGUCGGCUUCGUGGAUUGCAUCGACACAAUGGAUUUAACUAAAAUGGGUAUGAUCCAGCUCCAGAACCCCAACCACCCCACUGCCCUGCUGCAGAAGGCCAACCAGAUGCGUCUGGCUGGGACUCUCUGCGAUGUGGUCAUCAUGGUAGACAGCCAGGAGUUUCACGCUCACCGGACUGUGCUAGCCUGCACCAGCAAAAUGUUCGAGAUCCUCUUCCACCGCAGCAGCCAGCAUUAUACCCUGGACUUUCUUUCACCAAAGACUUUUCAGCAGAUUUUGGAGUAUGCCUACACUGCCACGCUCCAGGCCAAGGUGGAGGACUUGGAUGACCUUCUGUAUGCAGCAGAGAUUCUGGAGAUUGAGUACUUGGAAGAGCAAUGCCUCAAGAUCCUGGAAACUAUCCAGUCCUCAGAUGAGAAUGAUGCGGAGGUCAAUGCUAAUGAUGGGAGCACAGAGGAGGAUGAUGAGCGCAAAGGCCACAAUGGAGCCAAGAACUCAAAGAAGCAUUCCAUGGAGAGCUCCUAUCUGUCAGGUACCCAGCAAGUCUCCACCAUGGCCGGCAUGGUCGACCAGAGUCCCUCUGUCUCCACUUCCUUCGGCGUUUCCACCCUGAGUCCCACCAAAGCUGCCGUGGACAGUCUGAUGAGCAUCGGCCAGUCUCUGCUCCAGCAGGGCUUCGGUGGAGAACACCUUGUCCAUGGCAACUCCCACCACCUGAUGACUGAGAUCAAGACUGAAAUGAUGCAAGUGGACAUGGGUGGCAACGGCCACGAGAGCCCUCACAACAUGGAGUCCAGUGCCUCCAGCAAUGGCGAGCGCAGUGGGGAGGACAGGAACCGAGACGGUCCCGGAACGCCAACCAGGAGCAGCGUGAUCACCAGUGCCCGCGAGCUGCAUUACGUCCGUGAGGAGGGCAUGGGCGACCCUCAAGCCGAUGUCAGCCAGAUGGGGUUGGAAGCAAUGUCUGGAAUGACGGAGAAGCAUCUGGCCUCGCUGUACUCCCUGCCCGUUAAUCAUAAAUCAGAUACUAUGAUGUCCAUGCCGGCAUCCAUGGCCUCUGCUCUCCCGAUGUCCCCAGCCCUGGCUAUGUCAAUGGACUUCAGUGCCUAUGGGGGCCUCCUGCCUCAGAGCUUCAUCCAGAGAGAGUUCUUCAACAAGCUCGGGGAGCUGGCAGUGGGCAUGAAACCAGAUGGCAGGAACCAGCAUGAACGUUGCAAUGUUUGCGGGGCAGAGCUACCAGAUAACGAAGCCGUGGAGCAGCACAGAAAGAUGCACAGUGGAAUGAAGACCUACGGCUGUGAGCUGUGUGGGAAGAGCUUCCUGGACAGCCUCCGUCUCCGGAUGCAUUUGCUGUCGCAUUCAGCUGGUGAGAAGGCCAUCGUUUGUGACCAGUGUGGCGCCCAGUUCCAGACGGAGGAAUCCCUGGAGGCUCACCGGCAGAUCCACACCGGGUCGGACAUGGCCAUCUUUUGCCUGCUCUGCGGGAAGCGUUUCCAGACCCAGACGGCGCUGCAGCAGCACAUGGAGGUCCACGCCGGCGUUCGCAGCUACAUUUGCAGUGAAUGCAACCGGACCUUCCCCAGCCAUACUGCACUCAAACGUCACCUACGCUCGCACACAGCCGGGGACCACCCAUUUGAGUGUGAGUUCUGCGGGAGCUGCUUCCGGGACGAGAGCACGCUGAAGGGCCACAAGCGCAUCCACACCGGGGAGAAACCCUAUGAAUGUAACGGCUGUGGGAAGAAGUUCAGCCUCAAGCACCAGCUGGAAACCCACUACCGUGUGCACACAGGUGAGAAGCCAUUCGAGUGCAAGCUGUGCCACCAGCGAUCCAGGGACUACUCGGCCAUGAUCAAGCACCUGCGCACCCACAAUGGCGCCUCGCCCUACCAAUGCACCAUCUGCCUGGAGUACUGCCCCAGCCUGUCAGCCAUGCAGAAGCACAUGAAAGGCCACAAGCCAGAAGACGUCCCGCCAGACUGGCGCAUAGAGAAGACCUACCUGUACCUCUGCUACGUCUGAGACCCGGCAAGUGAAUGGAGAGGGCGGGUACGUUUGAGGGUGGGGGGCAGGGGUUGAGAGGUGAGGGGAAUGUAACGGAGCGGGUAGGAGGCGUUGAGUGUUGACGAGCGAGGAAUGUCAACGGCAAGAGACUCGAAAGCAAGAGGGUUUGUUUUCUAUUUUUCUUUUCAUGCAAAGGCAGAGGCGGCGAGCGACGGCGUAGAAUUUAAAAAAAAAAAAAAAAGGUGGCGACGGUGGGGCAAGAGCGCUAAGAAGAAGAGGAAGACUUGGACACGGAGAGAGAUUCUCCACCAUUGUUCGGAUUCAUCGGGUCAUUCACUACAUCUGCAACUGUGUCAAUGUUUCGGGUCAUUUCGAGCGGCGCCAUGAAGCGAGCACGCUGCCAGGAAGUGGCUUUGUGGAUGCUGCUGCCACAGUGGUCAGAACGCAGAUUCUCAAGGGCUACGCGAACCUGCACACGGGGGAACAUCAGGAACCCACAUCCUCCACUCCAGUUCUUUUCACAUCCAAACAGCGAGAAAGGUUUUCUUUUUGUUCUGCGUUGGUAUUCUGCGGUGUUUACAUCCACACCGCUCGGUCACGUCAGUAAAAAAAAAAAAAAAAUUAGCGUCGGCCAGUUCAUCGUCUCAGAAGUUUAUGACCAGAAACCACGAGGACGCGCGUCUCGGAGGAGGACUGAGCGGCAAAUUCCGACAAAGCGAAGAAGAAAACAAACGCUCCAGAGUUUGAGUGAAACCGCUUUGGGCGAAAGCGUCCCAAAUCUUUCCCCCGAUGCAAAAAGACGAUUCGAAGUGUUUUGUCUCCAAUCCUCUUUUAUGCCAGGGCAGUUGGCAUAGACCUUCCCAGAAAUCAGCCAGCGAACCUGUCCGCACGUGAAAAACCUUUGGAUCCCCGCGGAGGCAGCGCGAUAGCCCCUGAGAAUCAGCAGCGGAGCCAGCAGGCUUAUGCAGUAGAUGAAACAAUUGAACUGGACGAGUGGGAGCGUUAAAAAAAACGCAAACCAAGCGCCCAUUUGGUUGUGAGUGGGGAAGAUGCUAGUGCUGCUUUUUCUUUUUCUUUUCUUUUGUUUUUUUUUUUUUUUGUUGGGUCUGAAGUCUCCCACGUUUUCUCAGCAGACUUCCUGGUUCUACGUCUUCGUGAGAUGAGAGCCGGAGAAGGCUGAGUCACCACCGGCCGCUCACGGUUCUCCACCGAGAACCAAAGGCUAACCUGCGUCACUUUCUCAUCAUAUAUAUAUAUAAUUUUUUUUUUUUGCUCUUAGCUCUGCAUCAUAGUUUAUCAUGGCUUGAUUGCACAGGUUAAACAAUUACGACAACAGUCUCUGUUUGAUGUCGGCAAGGUAUAUACAUUUUUUUUUUUCCUUAAAUCAUAACUCGCUAUUACACAGUACGCCACAUUAAACUCAGCCUAUUCACCUAUACAGCAAUAGAUAACUGGACUGCUUUAUCCAUAUACAUUUAACCAGUUUAUACUCUUACACUAAGGAUGAAUUACACAUACUGACACAUAAACCGUAACACUUUGACCGCAACAGAUCUGUCCGUUCACCACGGUUGUUGGAAGAAAAGAAAAAACAAACAAACUGGGGAGGAAAAAAAAAAAAAAAAAACAAAGCUUGCUGUCCGUGGGAGUCCUGUGACUUUGACUGCUAAGUAGUGAAUGUUGAAGAAGCGCUGGGAAUGCCUUAGCUGCACACCGUACCGUUUGUAAAAAAGGCGGUGUGGCAGUUUGAAGACUGUUAUACGGCAUCAAAACAUGAAUGUGAACGCCUGUAAGCCAGGUUCAUGCGAGGCUGCAUCAAAAAAAUACACACCCUGGCAGGUUUAAUGCCGCCUUUCAUUCGAAGUUGGAAACCUACCAUUCCCACCUUGGAGGAUGUUAUUAUUUUCCGUGCCUUCCAGUGGUUCAGGCUGGAAGAUUUUUUUUUUUUUCCUUCUUCUUCUUCUUUUCCCAUUCAACAUCAAAGUUGCCCGUGCAGCAGCUCAAGCUUAACUUUGAGUAGUCUGGCUGGGCCUCUUUGUCCCCCAGAAGCCCCAGAUUGACUCUGCGUGAGUAGGUUUAUUUUAGAAUAUGCCCCACUGGAGUACAGAUGGGUUGUGCAUUAUCUUCCUUGCAGUUAUAUUGUAUAGAUGUUGUGUAUGAGACGAUGCAUAUUCACACGUGCAUUUGCAUUUAGUUUCCACUGGGGCUUUAGGAAAUAAAUAUAAUUUAAAACGCUGUGCAGCAGCAGAGAGAAGGGUGGGGGGGGGUAAAAAGAGCGGUCACCCUCGGCGCAGAUGUGCAGCAUUUAACCGCUGCGGGCUGAGCGUGAAAAUUUCCGUUUCGGUGGGAAUGUCCGAGUUUCUGACGUCUUCUGAAACGCGGCAUCAGGCCUCCUCAGUCACAGGUGUCACGGUCGAACCUAAGGCUUUAACGAACGUCACCGCAUGCCACAGCAUCAUCUUGGGUGAUCACAUAUCCAAAUGGUUGGUGGAAGAGGGGGGAUAAUCACUGAUUGGACGAGACAAAGCCCAGCAGCUUGGGGAUGGGAGGGGAGGGGAGGGGAGGGGAAGGGAUGGGAUGGGAGGAGAGGGGAGGGGAGGGAGGGGGGCCGACCAGUAAGACGGCAGAAUAAAUCAACUCUUUCUCUGUGGUUUUGUCCCCGCGCUUCGUUUCUCUCGUCUCCCGUUGUCGUCAUUAUUGACCUUGAGUUUGAUCUCAACACAUCGUACUUGAAUUACCUCGUUAUUUUUUUGUGACCUCAUGUUGCUAGUGUAUUAUAAUUUUUUUUUCCCUUUUGUUUGUUCACAAGAGUGUGUGUCGGAAGGCCGCGUUGCUAACACGACGACGCAGAGAAAAUUAAGUGCCACGGUGAAGAGAUUUGCUUGUUUUUUUUUUUUUUUUCUAAUAUGUUGUUGUGUUAUUUCUUUGUGCAUUACUUGUUACCAAACUUGGUAUUAUUAACCCUGCUUGUUAAAGAGCCGGAAGGUUUGGUCAUUUGUCAUAAAAGCUACCUCUAAGUUGUUUUUUUUUGUUGUUGUUGUUGUUGUUGUUUUUUGGCAAAAGCACAUUUAUUUGUGUUCGUGUUUUGCAUUAUUUCGUCAUUGCUACUUCAUCUCAUGCUUUUUUUUUUGUUUGUAUCAAAAGUUCAUUCGUGAUUGUUUUUGAGCAAAAUGUACAUAUAUGGGUAAAAGUUAACAAAAGUAGACGUUGAUAGGACGAGAAAAGUCAUUCAAACGGAUGUUUGUUUUUUCUCUUGUUGUCUCCCCCUGCACCUCCAACCACAGAAGAGCAGAGAAAAAAAAAAAAAAAGCAAUUUUGAAGCCUUAAGUGAUGAGCAAAGAGGGAUGCGGCAGAUAAGAGGAAGUACUAUUGCUUUUUAAGAGCGUUUAAAAACAAGAGUUUAAACUUGAAAAUAUGUGAAUAGAAUUGUAGUUUUGUAAUGUGAAAAAAAAACAACAACAAACAAACGAAGGUUCGUCAUUAAAAAAAGAAAAAAAAAAAAA